AUGCGCUUCCUCACUGCUAUCACCAGCUUCCUGUCUGUAGCCGCAGCGGCAACUCUCGGCAAACGCGCCGUGACGCCUGGCACACUUUCACAAGUUACCUCCUUCGGUGCCGCACCCACCCAGGCAGGCUUCUACAUCUACGUGCCCAGGAAGCUUGCCGCAUCACCAGGAGUUAUCGUUGCUAUCCACUACUGCACCGGUUCUGCGCAAGCAUACUACAAUGGCAGCCCCUACAAGACGCUAUCUGAGCAGUAUGGCUUCAUCGUCAUCUACCCAUCUUCGCCUCACUCUGGUACCUGCUGGGAUGUGAGCAGCAAGGCGACGCUUAGCCACGAGGGCGGCGGAGACAGCAACACCAUUGCCAACAUGGUCAAGUGGACUCUUAAAGAAUACAAGGCGGAUACGUCCAAGGUCUUCGUUACCGGUUCCAGCAGUGGCGCUAUGAUGACCAACGUCAUGGCAGCGACCUAUCCCGACAUCUUCAAGGCCGCCAUCGUCUACUCAGGUGUAAGCGCUGGCUGCUUCGUCUCUGCAUCAGGUGGUGUCGAUGCCUGGAACAGCACGUGCGCCCAGGGUAACUCCAUCGCCACGCCUGCAGCCUGGGCCAACGUUGUCAAAAACAUGUACCCUAGCUACACUGGUGCCCGUCCCAAGAUGCAGGUCUACCACGGUAGCGCCGACACUACCCUACGCCCGCAGAACUACCAGGAGACGAUGAAGCAAUGGGCUGGCGUUUUCGGCUACGACUACAGCAAGCCCCAGAGCACAACGGCCAACGACCCCCAGAGUGGAUACACAAGGACUGUCUACGGUCCUGAUGUCCAGGGUAUCUAUGCACAAAACGUUGGACACACUGUGCCUAUUCGGGGUGCGGACGACAUGAAGUUCUUCGGCUUUGCUUGA